GGAGAAGGGGCCGGAAGGGGGUGGCUGCGGGUCCGGCUCCGCCCCGGGGCUGUUUCCCAGCGGGUUCCGUUGGCCGUGGCGGCCGCCGAAGCUAUGGCAGCGGUGGCCGCGAGGCGGGCGUAAGAUGGCUACAGGCGUGGUGGGAUCCCUGGGCCUGCUAUGGGGCUGGCUGUGGAGCGAGCGCUUCUGGCUGCCUCAGAACGUGAGCUGGGCGGACCUGGAGGGCCAGGGCGACGACUACCCGCGCGCUCGGCACCUCCUGUCGGUGUACCCGCUGGCGGCGGGCAUCUUCUCCGUGAGGCUGCUCUUCGAACGGUUUAUUGCCAAACCUUGUGCACUCCGACUAGGCAUUGAGAACAGUAGGAGGUCUGAUGUCAAACCCAAUGCCAUCCUUGAAAAGGUGUUUCUAUCUAUUACUAAGAAUCCUGAUAAGAAAAGGCUAGAGGGCCUGUCAAAGCAACUGGACUGGGAUGUCCGAAAAAUCCAAUGCUGGUUUCGCCAUCGGAGGAAUCAGGACAAGCCCCCAACGCUCACUAAAUUCUGCGAAAGCAUGUGGAGAUUCACUUUUUAUUUAUGUAUGUUCUGCUACGGAAUUAUAUUUCUCUGGCUGUCACCUUGGUUCUGGGAUACCCGACAGUGCUGGCAUAGCUAUCCAUAUCAGCCCCUCUCAAGAGGUCUUUUUUACUAUUAUAUCAUGGAAUUGGCUUUCUAUUGGUCUCUUAUGUUUUCUCAAUUUAUAGACAUUAAAAGAAAGGAUUUCCUAAUUAUGUUUGUGCAUCAUUUGGCCACCAUUGGGCUUAUCACCUUCUCCUACAUAAACAACAUGGUUCGGGUGGGAACACUGGUUCUGUGUCUACACGACUUCUCAGAUUGCUGGCUGGAAGCUGCCAAGCUGGCCAAUUACGCUAAGUAUCAGCGGCUCUGUGACACCCUUUUUGUGAUCUUCAGUGCAGUUUUUAUGAUUACCCGUCUAGGACUCUUUCCAUUCUGGAUUCUGAACACAACCCUGUUUGAGAGUUGGGAGAUAAUUGGGCCCUAUCCUUCCUGGUGGUUCUUCAAUGGCCUUCUCCUGGUCCUACAAGUUCUGCAUAUCAUCUGGUCAUACCUGAUUGCACAAAUUGCUCUCAAAGCCUUGAUCCGGGGAAAGGUGUCUAAGGAUGAUCGCAGUGAUGUGGAAAGCAGCUCAGAGGAAGAAGAUGAGGCCAAGAACACAAAAGACCUCUCUGGAAGCAACUCUGGCAGUGGUGCCAAUUGUGUGAAUGGCCACCUUGGAGAUGGCUACUGGGCUGAAGAGUAAGGGGCAUGGGAACUUGAGCACACAUGGACUUGUAGGGCUGCUCCUACUCCUGGGGCCUCCCCGCAACUGCCCUCCUGUGAAUAGAGGGACAGUGAGGCACCAAAGAAACAAAUACUUUUUUUUUUUAACUGUCAUUUUGUAUUUAAUGCCCUCCAAGUCCUUUCAGUAAUGUUAUUUGCUCUUCGUGUGUGUUUAUGUAUGCGUUUACGCAUGUGCUCUGUGCAUAUGCAUGGGUGUUAUCGCCUAGGUUGUGACACAGCUGUGGACUAAGGCCACUAGGCCAUGCCUGGUCUCUUUUGAAUCCACUAGCCAAAUUCCAGAGUCCUCCCUUGUGGCCUGUGGCUUUUGAGAUUGAUUUCCUGGACCAUCUGAAUGAAGCACACAGGUUCAGCUCUAAGUUUCUAUACUGUUCCUCUUUUGGUACAGGAAGGGAUAUUUCACAUUGUCAAGCUGUUUAAAAACAGAACCUUGGAUGGGUGGCCAGGAUCCUUGUGGUCCCUAGCUAGACUCUUUCUACCACCUAUGAUGGUGACAGGGACAACUGCUUAUACCCUGUUCUUUACUCAAUGGUACACAGGGAGGGGGUAUAUAAGGAUAAGCUGAGGGCCAGAGUACAACAGCCACUGGGUGAGCUGUUAACGGUUUUAUACUAUUGUUUACUCUUCUGUGAUUAAAGUGCUUCAACCCUCCUA